AUGGCACGCCCGUCAUUGGCGAUUUUGGCGCCGGCAGCAGCUCCGAACACAGCCAAGCCAGGAUCAGAGUCGCCACUGUGGGCGGCCUCAAGCGAGCAGGUGCUCAUGGCAACUCUGGCAGCCAUGUGUUGCUUUGGCUUGCUUCGCGUCGCUAUCCUGCUGCGCGAAGGCUGUCGAUCUUCGUGGCCGGCAUCCACACAUGCAGACAAGACCAUUGUUAUGUCACCCUUCUUGUUCGUUGCGGCUGUGGCGAACAUAUCCAUAAAGGUGGCAACAACCAUGUCGCAUGGAUUAUUGGCCGUUAAGUGGGUUCUUGCCGGGGAUGAAGCUGGAUUUCCCUUGGUUACUUGCUUCAUGCUGGUCGCUGUCAACACGGAGCUCUUGGUUGGGGCAGCUUUGGUGUCGCACAUGCGCAGCAUUCUGGUGCGGGUAGCUGCUAGCCGCGGCUACCGCAUUGACUUUCUAGGCAUCACCAACUUGUUGAGAACACCCUUGGGCCAAGUAAGUAUUAUUUGGACAGCAACGGCUACCUUGGUCCUGCUUGCAAACACAUAUGAACAUGCUGCCAACCUGUGGAGACUGGCCCCCUGGCUUGCCACAGCGGCUGGAAGCCUCGUUUGGGCAAACUCGGCCUUGACAGGCAUUGGCGCGACUUCCUGGGAAGAUCUCGAGUCCUUAGCCACAGAGAGCACCCCGGUUGUCACAUUGCCACAAUUUCUUGCACAUAUCAGCGAAGGUAAGCUCGAGGACCAUAUGGAAGAGCAGGCGCUGGGCAUGGUAUGGAGAUUGGUGAGCUGGUUGUCCAAACCAUGGAGCCUCAGCUCGGAAGAUGUUCUCCUGCAGAAGUCUUGGCCAAAGGUUCUGCGCUGCGCCUUCCCAAACCAUGCGAACAUGCGAGGCCUUCAUACAGCAGUAGUGGGCUGCUUCAGGCUCUUGCCCUUUGCGGUGCCGUCACUGCUUGUGGCCUACAGCCUCUCCAGGGUUCCGCAAUUGGCAGCUUUUGAGGUAGUAGGCGGCAGGAUCACCUCGGAAUUCACUUCGGCCAUCUCGGAGUAUGUGGUCCUGCUUGAGGAGUCGUGGGAUGCGGAACUGACAUUCAAGUUCGAGAUGGAGGUGGGCCAAGCCUCGCGCGUCGACUUUUGCUGCCAAGGGCACUGUUCGGACAUGAAGCCUAAAGACCGCAAGCACUCUGAG